GAUGCCUGUUCAAUCUCUUGUCAAAACUAGACAUGAGACACAGACUAGCCAAAACUUUUCUGCUCUAUCUCUCUCUCUUAAUCGGAAAGUACUUAAGAGAAUCGAACUUGUUUUUCCUGUUAUAGUUGCGCUGAGCUCCUUUGACAACAGCUGCCCAGAAACAACUUCUUCGGCACGUUAACUUGAAAGAAAAUAAUCCAAGUAUUAAUAUCGGAACCUUUUGAUUCGUUCUAUUUCUACUUUCAAUAGCGUUUUAUUUGUUAUUUUAAGGUAUAAACUAAUCACGAUAUUUUAGAUAAAAGAUUUCGUGAACCCCGCUUUCCUCAGUCACCAUGUCAUCACCCAUACUGAAAUCUGCGAUUAUUCUGCUAAUGCUGACUCGAAUUUACGAUUGUACAACUUAUGUUGAUGAUUUUGAAAUCCAAGGCAACAAUUUACGAGGAGGUUAUGGUACCGAUAACCAAACAUUACUCCGCGUCGUAAUGCUUCAUCUUCCUCCGGUAUUUAAUGUUGUAAGAAACUCCAGUAACCAUAUCAUCAAACUUGGAGGAGUUGCCGUUCCAGUUCUUCUAUGGCUCUCUCGCACUAUGAAUUUCAAAUUUGAAAUUAUGCCAGACAACAUAUACAGCGUCGAGAAUAAUGCUGCCGGAAAAGGUCUUAUGAGCUAUAUCCUUGAAGGGAGAGCCGAAAUAUUAUUAGGAGGGGUCGUUGCAACAUACAGCCGUUUCCAGAAACUCAACUUCCCUUAUCCAUUUGUUAUCGGUCAAUUUGGUCUUGUCAUUCCGAUGCCGAGUUCAGAAGUGGACGUCAAUGCUGUUUGGAAGCCAUUCCAGGGACAGAUCUGGAUCUUUUUGGUGGCUUCGAUGACGGCAACCAUGCUCUGCCUAUACGGCAUCAGCCAUUUCAUUUCGGAAUUCAUGAAGAAUUCAGAAAGGAGGAACAAUCAAGCUCAUUUAGGCAAACUUUUUGAAGAUAUUGGCGGAGCCUUUCAGUAUGUAUUUGGAGUUAUUUUAUCUCAGGGUCUGCUAGCUCAAGGUGGAACGAGCCGCGAUCAAAGGUUGACCAUUCGCGUUCUGGCCGGCACUUGGUGCGUCGCUUGUUUCGUUCUGGUGACGGCUUACAGUAGCGUCCUCAUCUCAUUUGUAACGUCACCUAAUUACAAGCCGUUAAUUCGAUCCGUUUACGACAUACCCAAAAACUCUAAAAUCAAAAUCACUGUCAACCGAGGAUGGUCUCCAGAUCUUCUUUUUUCGAAUGCAGACGAAGGCAUUUUCAAAUAUUUGGGAGAUCAGCUAAGAAAGGAACCCGACUUACGUUGCAGCGUUACUGAGGAAUGUUUGGAGCGAGUACGAAAAGGAUCCAGCGCUUAUGUCCAAGAAUAUAGAACCGUGAAGACAAACAUCGGCUUGGAUUUGAAGAAAACUGGCAAAUGUGAUUUUACAAUCGCAAAGGAACUCUUCUUUAGCUUUGGGGCCGGCCUGGCAGUUGCGAAGAAUGUGGACAUUGAACCUUACACCCGAGGAUUGUUAAAGGCUCACGAAGCUGGAUUCGUCGAUUUCUGGUUCAAACGAAAUAUGGUCGAUGCGUCCCGUUGUCUGAAUCCGAUGCGGGAUGUGGCCUCAAACAAACAGCGAGUGACACUUGCUGGUUUAAGCGGAGCCUUUGUCGCCCUGGCCUUUGGACUCGCAUUGUCCGUGUUAUGCUUUUGCGGUGAAGUAAUUAUCAAGAUUAUUUCAUCAUCACUCAAUAAAAGAGUGGUUCACUCCUGUUAACCAAUGUUUCAUGCAUAAUUCAAUUUCAGUUCAUCUGUAUGCGAUGAAAAUGACAUAUAACAAGCACGCACAUUAUAUACUCUCUUAUUCUUUCACAGAUCCCCAUAUUAAAGCACUACGCAGACAGAAUAAUUGUCUGCGCUUAUUUUGGGGUUCACUUGUAUCCUAAAUAUAUCUAAUAUCUAGAGUCAAUGUCUGUUAAAAACCGCCACCAUUUUCAACUUUAUAUAGCAUUUUUGGUGGAAGCCAAAUCCUAUAAUGCACUAAAUUAUUGUUCGUUCUUUACAAAAUAUACAAAUUGUUGUUACCGAUUAUUGCAACCGUCAAGCACCAUCACAUACAGCUGUUGCUAAUAAAUGUAUAUCACUGGAAAA